CAAGUGUUCACACGCCACGACUGCCUCAACGGAGUCAAUAUGGACUUAUUCAACAAAAUGUUCAGCAAUUAUUUGAGGAAAGAGUGAGAUCACUCGGGAAGAUGUUUCCUCGCUCAGGGAAAUCCAUCAUCUUUGACAGCUUCCCAGAUCCGUCUGACACCUGGGAGAUCAUUGAGACUAUUGGCAAAGGGACUUAUGGGAAAGUUUACAAAGUGCAUAAUAAGGUCGAUGGCAGCAAAGCCGCAGUCAAAAUACUGGAUCCAAUCCAUGACAUCGAUGAAGAAAUUGAAGCUGAGUAUAACAUCCUGAAAGCUCUUUCAGACCAUCCCAAUGUUGUUAAAUUCUUUGGGAUGUUCUACAAGAAGGAUGUCAAGACUGGAGACCAGCUAUGGCUAGUACUAGAGCUGUGUAACGGAGGGUCUGUCACAGAUCUGGCCAAAGGUAUGCUAAAAAGAGGAGAUCGCAUGGAGGAACCCAUCAUAGCCUUUAUUCUACAUGAAGCGCUCAUGGGUCUUCAACAUUUGCACGUCAAUAAGACCAUCCAUCGAGACGUCAAGGGCAACAACAUCCUGCUCACCACGGACGGAGGAAUCAAGCUGGUUGACUUUGGGGUUUCAGCCCAGCUCACAAACACCCGACUAAGGAGGAACACUUCGGUGGGAACGCCCUUCUGGAUGGCUCCUGAGGUCAUCGCGUGUGAGCAGCAGCUGGACUCCACAUAUGAUGAACGCUGUGAUGUUUGGUCAUUGGGAAUCACAGCCAUAGAGCUAGGUGAUGGAGACCCGCCUCUCGCUGAACUCCAUCCAAUGAGAGCUCUCUUCAAAAUACCAAGAAAUCCACCACCCACUCUACACCAGCCAGAGCUCUGGUCAAACGACUUUAACGAUUUCAUACGCAAGUGUCUGAUAAAGGAUUUUGAGCUCAGGCCCAAUGUGCUUGACCUUCUUCAGCAUGUCUUCAUCAAACAGAUUGUGGGCCGAGAGAAGACGCUGCAGAAGCAGCUGAUGGAGCUAAUCGACCUCAACCAGCAAAUGGGCAUCAUUGAGAAAACAAGCCUUCUCGGAAAAUCUGACAGGGACAGUGACUCCAGGCAUGAGCGUAUCCACACCAAGAAAAACAGCUACAUGAAGUCUCAAAGUCAAACGUGUGACGACGCUGAUGAUCUGGCAACCCUAGAGGUUCUAGAUGAAAACACAAUCACCGAACAGCUACAGAGACGUUACACAAAGGAGCAGAUCUACACCUACGUCGGAGACAUCCUUAUAGCGGUCAAUCCAUUUCACAAAACCGAGUUAUACACACCUGAGCAUACUAAGAGUUAUGUUGGCGCCAAACGAACAUCAAACCCCCCACAUAUAUAUGCAGUGGCAGACAUUGCGUAUCAGUCCAUGGUGUCCUAUAAUGCAGAUCAGUGUAUUGUCAUCAGUGGAGAAAGCGGCGCUGGGAAAACAGAGAGUGCUCACCUGCUAGUCCAACAGCUGACUGUCCUUGGAAAGGCCAACAAUCGGACCCUCCAGGAGAAGAUUUUGCUGGUUAACAGUCUGGUCGAGGCAUUCGGAAAUGCCUGCACUGUGAUCAAUGAUAACUCCAGUCGCUUUGGCAAAUAUCUGGAGAUGAAGUUCACCUGUGGUGGGACAGUAGUGGGAGCUCAGAUCUCUGAUUAUCUGCUGGAGAAGUCUCGAGUCGUCCACCAUGCAGUAGGGGAACGCAACUUCCACAUCUUCUAUUAUAUCUACGCCGGACUGGCAGAGAGGAAGAAACUCGGCCAUUACAAGCUGUCAGACAGCAAAACUCCAAGGUAUCUCCACAAUGAGAAUGUUAAAUUAGUGCCUGACAUUGUGGGCAAUGCCUUCUAUAAGGAGCAGUUUGAGACUGUGGAGCAGUGCUUCAAAGUCAUCGGCUUCACCCUAGAGGAGCUCGGGAGUGUUUACGGCAUCUUAGCUGGGAUCCUGAAUACAGGAGACGUCGAGUUCACGUCAGUGGCUUCAGAACAUCAAACGGACAAAAGCAACAUUUCCAACAUGGCAGUACUAGAGAGUGCUGCAUCGCUGCUGUGUAUCCGUGCAGAUGAGCUACAGGAGGCUCUGACAUCUCAUUGUGUGGUCACUCGGGGUGAAACCAUCGUCAGGUCAAACACAGUGGAGAAGGCCACAGAGGUGCGGGACGCCAUGGGUAAAGCCCUAUAUGGACGCCUGUUCAGCUGGAUUGUCAACCGCAUCAACUCUCUGCUCAAACCAGACAACCAAUCAGGGGAGGACGACAAGGGUCUGAACAUCGGCAUCCUGGACAUCUUCGGCUUUGAAAACUUUAAGAGGAACUCUUUCGAACAGCUCUGCAUCAACAUCGCCAAUGAGCAGAUCCAGUUCUACUUCAACCAGCACAUCUUCGCCUGGGAACAGGAUGAGUAUCUGAAUGAAGAUGUAGACGCUCGAGUAAUUGAGUAUGAAGACAACCGGCCGCUGCUGGACCUGUUCCUUCAGAAGCCCAUGGGCAUGUUAUCGCUGCUGGACGAGGAGAGUCGCUUUCCUCAGGCAACUGACCAGACCCUCGUCGAGAAAUUUGAGGAUAACUUAAAGUCCAAAAACUUCUGGAGACCAAAGAGGGUUGACCUGGGCUUUGGAAUCCAUCACUAUGCAGGCAAGGUAAUCUAUAAUGCCGGCGGCUUCCUGGCUAAGAACAGAGACGCUUUGCCUGCUGAUAUAGUUCUUCUGCUGAGGUCAUCAGAGAAUGAACUGACCCGUAAACUGGUUACGCAUCCGCUCACUAAAACAGGUAAUUUGGCGCACACUAAGGGCAAAGCUGUGGGCUCUGCUCGGAUGGGCACACAACAAUCACAGCGCUUUGCCAAGUUGGAUUGCCUUUUGUUGUUCAGUUCUGUAUCAUUCAGUGAGUCUUCCUCUCGGAAAUUAACUCCACCCAUUGACAAAUCAAUGCUUGCCUUGCCUGUUGACUCUGUACAAACGACGGAGAGCACUGGAGACACCACACAUCACCCCAGGGAGACCACCAACAUGAAGACUCAAACUGUAGCGUCGUACUUCAGAUAUUCUCUAAUGGACCUGCUAUCAAAGAUGGUGGCAGGCCAGCCUCAUUUUGUUCGAUGCAUAAAACCCAACAAUGAUCGUCAAGCUCACAAGUUUGACAGGGAAAAGGUUCUGAUCCAACUACGCUACACUGGUAUUCUAGAGACGGCCAAGAUCCGCAGACAAGGCUACUCUCAUCGCAUUCUCUUCAACAACUUCAUCGAAAGGUACUCCAUAUUAGCAUUUAGAGCUAAUGAAGAGCCAGCAAUCAGUCCUGAGACGUGUGCGGUUAUUUUAGAGAAGGCCAAACUGGAGAACUGGAUUUUGGGCAAGACAAAGGUCUUUCUGAAGUAUUAUCAUGUGGAGCAGCUGAAUCUGAUGGUCAGGCAGACCACUGACCGGAUUGUUCUAGUUCAGGCAUAUGUACGGGGCUGGAUGGCAUUCAAGCGAUACUGUUUGCUGAAGGAAAAGAGAGAACAAAGCGCUGUGGUGUUACAAUCAGCAUACAGAGGACACAAGGCUCGGAAAAGUAUAGCUGAUGACAGAAGUAAAGCAAAGUCUGAAAUAGUUUUCACCCAACUUCAAGCUUGGUGCAGAGGAUAUUUGGCAAGGCAGAAUUACAAGGAGCUACUAGAUGAGAAGAACAAAGCUGCUGCAAAGAUCCAGGCCCAUUACAGGGGACAAAAAGAGAGGAAGAGUUUCCAGAGGAAAAAGGAAGCCAUGCAGAAGGAAAACACAGAGAAGACAGAAAGAGUGACAGAGGUCCCUUUAGAAGCAGACGAUCCUGUUUCAGAGGAACCGCUACAGGAAGGAGGUGAAGUGGAAAUGGAUGAUGCUGAUGAAAAGGCAGCUGUGGUCCUCCAGAGCAACUACCGAGGAUACAGAGAAAGGAAGAAAUUCAAGGAACGUCAGGAACGGAAUAAGACCUUGAGCGGAGAUGAGCUGGAUGCUUCCUCAUCCACCCCUGAAGAAAUGACUUCUGGAGAAGAUCUGGAAGCUACACGAGAGGACACGCAGGAGAAUGUUGAGAAAGAGGGGAAUGAGGUUGAGGAAGGUGGAGGAGAUGAAGACCCUGAGCAGGAAGCCAAGGCAGCCACUGUUCUCCAGAGCAACUUCAGAGGUCAUAAGGAACGUAAAAGACUCCAAGAGGAAGGAAAGAUACCAGUUAGAGGAAAGAAGGAGAUUAAGAGUCCUACAGAUGAGGAGGAGCUUCCUAUUCCAGAUCCACCGCCCCCUGAGGAAUUGAUGGAGUUUUCAGAGGAAAUGGAAUUUACUGAAGAAAAUCCACCAGGAGAAGAAGACGAGGCCAAAGCUGCUGUGGUCCUUCAGAGCAACUUCCGUGGCCACAAAGAAAGGAAAAGACUCCAAGAGGAAGGGAAAAUCCCAAAGAAAAAGACUAAAGAGGAAAUGGAUGAUCCAGGAGCUUCAGAACCAGACAUUGCCAUUGAGGAGCUUCCACCGCCUCCUUUAGAACUUGAACAUGAUCAAGAGCUAGACUCUAGUCCAUCAGGAGGAGAUGAGGAACACGCUGCAACUGUUUUACAAAGCAAUUUCAGAGGACACCGGGAGAGAAAGAGACUGAGAGCUGAGAAAGAAGAGGCAACAGGAGGAGGGCAAAGCACUGGAGAUGUGGAGGAGCAGGAGAACAAUGACGUUCUAGACAUUACAGAUGUUCAGCUGGAACGAAGGGAAGAAGAGGAGGAAGGACAAUACGAUGAGGAGCAGGCAGCCAUUAAAAUCCAGAGCAAUUUUAGAGGCUAUAAAGACCGAAAGAACCUGAAAGCUACAUCUCAAAAACAAGAUGAGGAAGUGGAGUCACUCUUCAAACAGGUAUCCAAGGCCUCUGAAGACUACCUUUCCCUUCAGAAGAAGUUAAAUGAAAUCAUCCUCGCCCAUCAGCUUAACCCCAGCAAAAAUGGCAUGUUUGUGAAAGGACAACCCAUGAAUGGCUACAUGGGCUACUACCAGCCACCAGCUGACACAAAGCAGUCUCGAACACCACGCCGCGCACAACAACCCAAGACCCUGAACACGCCGGAGGACUCCACAUACUACACACUUAUUCAUAGGUCUGUCCAGGACGAUAAAAGGAGGCCGCGGAAACAAAGCCCAAAAAAGUUGGACAACGAUGACCAAUACUACCAGGGUUUGUCCAGCAGUAAAUCCACCAGCCUUCCCAAUGAACGACGCCGGUCGAGCAAGCGGAGGGCUUCUGAUGAAAGACGCUCCUCUGAAAGACCACUCUCUGAUGUCCCCAAAUCUGAAAUCCCCAAAGACCCAUUGGAGAAGAGGCACUCGUUCUCUAAAAUGCCCUCUACAGAGAGUCAAAGCGAGGACAACCCCUACGACUACAGGAAGAUACUGAGAAAGACCUCCCAGAGACGACGACUAAUAACACAGCCAUAACCCCGAACAUCAUCUUCUUUGAAGACUUGUGUAAAUAUGUCAUUUCAAACCUAUAAGACUGGCAUUCUUGCAUGGAACACAAAAGAAGACAUUUGGAAUAAUGUACCUGCUGCUCUUUUCCAUGUCAUUUCAAGCAUCGAGAAUAGAAGCUUUUGCUCUUCAACAAAACGGUGCUUGAUUCAUCAAAGAUUCAUUCUUUUGAAUCAGAUGAGAUGAUUCGUUCCCAAAUCAAACUGAUCCAAUUGCAGCUUACUAAAGAGGAAGAUUAUCGUUUUGGGGUGAUCUGUGUUUUUUUUAAGUAAUACACAGGUUUUCUGUUCACUUAUUGUUAUUAUUUUUGUUGGUUUUACCAAAGAACUUUUGCAUUAUUAAACAAAAACUGUAACACUCUACUUAAAGGGGUGUUCAUAAGACUACUUUAAACCUUUAUAAUUAUGACUUGACACACGUUAGGAAUUUAAAUGAGAUUGUAUUUAUGCUUUUAACAUUUAUCAUGUCUUUAUACUGUAAAAAAUCCUAGUUGCCUUACAUUUUUAAGCAGAAUCAAAUCAACCUCAUGAGUCCAUUGAACUUAUAUUAUGACUUAAAACAGCUUGCCUAACUUAUAAAAUUAAGUUAGAACAUGAUUAACUUAGUUAAUAAGCUGUAAUACCUAAUAACAUAUGCUGUCAGGACUGAUUGAUCAUAUCAUUUUUUUACAGUGCAGCUCAGUUAUGACGUUUUAAAUGCAAAGAUGACGUUGUUUGUCAUUGACAACUUGACAUUACCCAGACAACAAAACUUGUCAUAAAUCUGUCAUAAACAUGAAUGUCUUGAACCUAUUAUAAAUGUGUCAUCAAUUUUUUGACAGCAUCAUUAAUACAUUUUCUUUACCUCAACUACAAUGACAAGUUUAAAUUGUCAUUAAAACUAAAUUAAAUAUUAGUGAUGCUGUUAAAAGUUAUUUGAAAUAGUAAUGACACUUUUAAUAAAACAUUUAGAUAACUAAUACAGUUUGUUCUACUGAAAACGUGGUCAGAAAGAUAUUCAUGACACAAUUAAAAUGCCUCAUGACAAUCAUGUCUUAUGAACAAGCCUAAAGAGCCUUAGUUUAAGUACGUAGUUGUGCAAAUAAUGAGCACUCAAUACUUUAUGCUGUACAGAAUGUAACAUUAGUUGAUAAUCAGAGUUAGCAUUGUAACAGGACAUUUGAGCUGCACUUGCUUUAUUUUUAUCUCAGGUUUAGCUUGUUUUCUGUAUGCAAGUCUCUUUAUGAAUAAAGAUGUCUGUGAAGAU